AUGCAACCUGGAAACCAAACCCAGACCUCAGGCUUCAUCCUCCUGGGGCUCUCAGAAGAAGCCAGCUUGCAACCUAUUCUCUUUGGGCUCUUCCUCUCCAUGUACCUGACCACGCUCAUCGGAAACCUGCUCAUCAUCUUGGCCAUCAUCUCAGAUGCCCACCUCCACACCCCCAUGUACUUCUUCCUCUCCAACCUGUCUUUCACAGACAUCUGUUUCACCUCCACCACUGUCCCCAAGAUGCUUCUGAACAUGCUACUGAAGAGCGAAGCCAUCACCUAUGCAGGCUGCAUCACCCAGAUGUUCUUUUUCAUGCUCUUUGGAGGUGUGGAUAACUUUCUCCUGAGUGUAAUGGCCUAUGACCGUUUUGUAGCCAUCUGUCACCCCCUGCACUACACGGUCAUCAUGAACCCCAAGUUCUGUGGCACCCUACUUCUGGUCUCCUGGGUGUUCAGCGCCCUGGAUUCUCUGCUGCAUGACUUGAUGGUCUUGCGGUUGUCCUUCUGUUCAAAGAUGGAAAUCCCUCACUUCUUCUGUGAGCUCAUCCAGGUCAUCCAACUGGCCUGCUCAGACACCUUCUUGAAUAAUCUGGUGAUUUAUGUGGCUACAGGUCUGCUGGGCAUUAUUCCACUCACAGGGAUCCUCUUCUCUUACUCAAAGAUUGUCUCCUCUGUUUUGAGAAUUUCUUCAGCCAGUGGCAAGUACAAGGCAUUUUCUACCUGUGGGUCUCACCUGUCAGUGGUCUCCUUGUUCUACGGAACAGGACUCGGGGUCUACCUGAGCUCAGCUGUUAUGGAGAACCCCAGGGAAAGUGCCAUUGCUUCUGUGAUGUACACAGUGGUCACCCCCAUGCUGAACCCCUUCAUCUACAGCCUCAGGAACAAGGACAUAAAGCAGGCCCUGGGAAAAAUGGCCUCCAGGAGCAGUGGAUUCGUAAUGCAGGCACCCAGCUCCAGCAAUAACCCUGGAGGCAAAAAGAAAGAAAGAAAAAGAAAAAUACACCAUGGGAGGCCAGAUGGUGACACACCUGGUUAAGCACUCACAGUCACAUAAGUACACAAGGAGGAAAGUUUCAUAAAUGGUGGAGCAGAAACGCAGGUCUCUCUCUCUCUAUCUUCCCCUCCUCUUUCAAUUUCUCUCUGUCAUAUCAAAACAUAAUAAAUAAAUAAAUAAAUAAAUAAAUAAAUAAAUGCCACAGGAGCCGUGGAUUUGUAGUGAAGGCACCGUGCGAGCCCCAACAAUAACCCUGAGGGCAAAAAAAAAGUAACAAGAAAAAUGAAAACAAAUCUUUUAAAAAUUAAUUUGAGAAAGAGAGAGAAAAAUGAGAGUUUCAUGCUCACGGGUCAGCUGGUC